AUUGUGUACUGCGGUGUAGUCGGUGAGAGUUUAAUUUUUUUCCGUUCCAUUAUUUAGCAUUUUCAGAGGAAUAAGCUAUCCCCUGGUAAAAAGACCGAAAUCGAAUUAAGCAUGUACGCCAUAGGUGCAGACAGGAUCCAUGAUGGCCUCAGAAAUGAACUUAUGUGGUUGGGCUUCAUUAGGAGAGUGCUCACCACCUUGACCAUGCAGCUCAUUGUCACCUUUGGACUGGCCGCCAUGUUCGUGCGGGUGCCCUCGUUCAGCGUCUACGCCGAAAACAACUUAAGGACAUUCGGGUUCUCCUUAGGCGUGAUGUGCGCCAUGAUGCUCGCCCUCGUCCACAGUGGCAACCUGAGGAAGAAGUCGCCGGAUAAGUACAUAGUGCUGCUCGUGGUCGCCAUCUGCGAGGCCUACAUGCUCGGGGACAUGAGCUAUUGCAAGGAGGCCCUUGACGUGACCAUUGCGCUCACCAUGGUGGUGUUGAUGGGCCUCUCUGUCUUGGCUUCCUGGGUCAAAUACGACUUCACAAUGCUGGCGAUCUUCGUCGUCUUCAGAAUGGCCGUCCCCCAGCUGAUCUUCAUCCCGAUAGUCAUUUGGUCAAACGCGAUGAUCAACAUGAAGUACAUUACCCUGUGGGCCGUCCUCUUCGUCUUCUGCCUGCUGAUCGAUAUGCAGCGCAUCAAAGGAUGGAAACAUAGAUCCGCCCUUCCCCCGGAUGAGUUGCUCGUGGCCUUCCACUUGCACCUCGACCUCAUCCACGUCUCUAUGUACAUCCUCGCAAUCCUUGACGGAACAAUGAUUAUAGGAUGAUGGUAGAUGGAAGGAAGAGAAAGGUGGGGGGGGAGGGCAAUGAGGAAGGGGUUAGUGACUCUCUAGGAAGGGUUGGAUUGUCGAAAGGUGUUUUCUUUAAUGAAUUGCUGUGCGUUAUUUUGAUUUAAGGAUGUUAUUUAUGAGGGACAUCCUUUGAAGGAAAAAAGGAAGGAACAGGCUAAGGCGGAAGUCAACCAUUUAAUUCAUGACGAAAGAGAGUUCAUGGAAAAGGAAUCAAACAUUUGAUUUAUUUUGAAUGCGAGGAUUUAUGGGAAAGGAGUGGCAAUGGAAUGGGAUUGUAUGUUGAUAGUGCAAUGGCAAUGUUUAUUUAUUAUUUUUUUCCUUUUGUGUGUAAACAAGGAAAAUGGACACAUGGAUAUUAAUGAUGAAUCCAUACAUGAUUAUCUGUUUGUUUCAACACUAUACUUUAUUUAUGUACACAUGCGUACCUUUAUCGACUAUUUUACUUGUAUGUCUAAGAUUUAGUCUUCAGCAUAAAUGU